AUGCCAUCAAACGAAUCAAUCAACGCCGCCAACGGCCUGGCAGCGACGCAUAAAAAAUUCAACGCCUGGCAGCAACCCGGACCAUCAGCAUAUGACUUCCGCAGUGAUGUGAUGACCACGCCGACGGCAUCGAUGCUCGAAGCCAUCUCCAACACGACAUUGUUCGACGACGUCUUCGCGGAAGACACGACGACCAACGACCUGGAAAGCCACAUCGCAUCACUAACUGGCCACGAAGCAGCACUGCUCGUGAUUUCCGGAACGAUGGGCAAUCAAAUCGCCCUCCGCUCGCAUCUGACGCAACCGCCCCACUCGGUCCUCGCCGACAUUCGAGGCCACAUCGUCAACUAUGAAGCGGGCGGCACAUCGUCCCUGUCCGGCGCGACCGUGACGGCGGUCCAGCCCGCCAACAACCACCAUCUGACCCUCGAGGACAUCCAAAAACACGCCGUCAUCUCCGACGACGUGCACCACGCGCCGACCCGCGUCAUCUCGCUCGAAAACACCCUCGACGGAACGAUCCUCCCACUCAGCGAAGUCCGCAAGAUCUCCGCCUUCGCCCGCGAAAACAACAUCAAACUGCACCUGGACGGCGCACGGCUGUGGGAAGCCAUCGCGGCGGACGCGGGCACGCUCGUGGAGUACAGCGGCCUGUUCGACAGCGUGAACCUGUGCUUCAGCAAAGGGCUGGGGGCACCGAUCGGCAGCAUCGUCGUCGGAUCCAAGGCGUUCGUCGCGCAUGCACGCCGCAUCCGCAAGAUGAUCGGCGGCGGGACACGGCAGGCGGGCGUGAUUUCCGCCGCCGCGCGCGUCGCCGUCGACGAGACGUUCCUGGGCGGCAAGUUAUCGACGACGCACGACCGCGCGCGCGCCAUUGAAGCGACGUGGGUUGCCAAGGGCGGCGUGCUCGCCAAGCCCGUCGAGACGAACAUGGUGUGGCUGGACAUCCAGCACGAGGGGGUCGCCGCUGCGGACUGGGCCGUCGUCGCCGCGAAGCAUGGCUUGAAGGUCGGCGGCGGACGGCUCGUCAUCCAUUAUCAGAUCAGCGACGACGCCGUGCGGAGGCUCGAGGCUGCCAUGGAUGAGGUGCUGGCCCUGGGCCAGAAGAAUCGUGUUGGGAAACGAUCGAGAGCAGAGUUUGAGAACUAA